ACUGUACAGCUGUUCCUCCUAAAUGCAUAAAAUAAACUAUGCAUCGAUCAUGCAUCGUUGACAGAUUAUCUGCCCAUUUAAUUUACAAGAACUUAUAAACCGGGAGUUGUGCUACAUUUAUCAUUCCGCAUUAUUGUUCAUAUUUUGUACGCUUCUUCCCUGGGGGCUCCGUCACAGCUAAUGAUACGCUACCAAUACUUUUCGAUGCUCACAGUCAAAUGAUUUAAAACGUGUGCUCGUAAUGGAGUUUCUUGCUUGAAAGUCGCAUUAAUAUAUUUCCUGUGGAACUUGAUCAAAAUAAAAAUCCCUUCCAUUCAAACGAGUAGAGCUAUUGGUGUAUUUUCAUACCGCAAAAAUGGUUGUGUUGGACAACAUUAAACAUUUGACUCAAGGAAGUGAACCUCCACACUUGGACCCAAGCAAGCCGACUCUUUACAGCCUAAGAUUCUCCCCAUUUUCCGAAAGAGCAAGAUUAGUUUUGAAUAUAAAACACAUACCUUUCAACGUUGUCAACAUUCAUGUAAGGAAUCGUCCUGAUUGGUACUGGAAGAAAAAUCCAUUGGGAAAAGUUCCCACAUUGGAAGAGCCAGAUGGAUCUAUCGUUUAUGAAUCUCUUAUUAUUGCGGAGUAUCUGGAUGACAAAUACCGCGAUCAUUUUCCCCUGCUUCCCAGGGAUCCAUAUGAGCGAGCGCAGCAAAAACAACUUGUGGCAGCGGUUAUCGAAACGGCAUCGUAUAAGCACACGGUAAUUGAAGGCGACCAAGAAGCCAAACACACCGUGGAAAAUGGUUUGGAUGCCGUAGAACGAAUGCUUCAACAAUACUUUUGGUCAGGAAACAAGAUCGGCUUCGCUGAUCUUAUGUUGUGGCCUUGGUUCGAACGGUUACCGGCAAUCAGCGAAAUCGCUGGGUUGGACUUUACAGAAAAACGUCAUCCAAAAAUUACGGAAUGGAUGCAUCUGAUGCUUGCAGUUCCCGAAAUAAAGGAAACCGCGUACUCUACCAAGGAGCGUGUGGAGUUUUUGGAAACUCGCAAAAGUGGUGCAAUAAAUUAUGACGUUGGUCUAUGAUAAAGGUGGCAAAAUGAAUGCGCUAGCUCAUUUUUAUAUUAAUAUUGCAGCAUACAAAUGCAUGGCAGCAUUCAUCGUCUUCUUGCAUGGUCGUGCAUAGUCGUCGUCGUAUGUAACAGAAUAAUAAUUAUAGGAAUAUUAUAACUCAAUAAUUAACAUGGACGCCCAUAAUUCUGGUUUCUUGAAGUCAACAUCAUAAAGGCCAUUCGAAAUCAAAUUUCGAGAAGUAAAACGUGCACAAACAUGUGCGCACUUGGGUUUUGUUUAGACAAAUAAUAUUCUGCUAGAGCUUUAAAACUUUAAUACAACGCGCAACAGUAAUUAAUAAAGACGUACAACGGCAUGUACGAGACUUGUACGUAAUUUGUAUCGCUAUAUUAUUUUGUCGCUCGUUAAAAACUUGAAAUGCAGUUUCCAGGAAAUUGUUCCAGCUUCCAGUAUCCGAAAAAUACGGUUGGUGGAUUAGGUAUCUGGGUUGGGUGAAAACUACGGACAUGCAGUAGCUUUUAUAUUUUAUUCCUGAACC